AGAGGAUAAGGAAAGACAAGGGAAGUGUCCUUGGGAAGGCAGCGCAUGGAGGAGGAAUAGCCACCAAGGAAGUAAACACAGGUGUCAUCAGCCCCAAACAACAACCUGCCAUGGCUAUAAAAAUCACCAGGCUGGGACUUCGUGACCACCUUUACCUUAAAGGUGCCGGAUCUGCUGGACCUCUGCAGAGACCAUCUCCGAGCUCCUGGGACUGCCGGAACAUUCAGCCGAGGAUUGAUAAAGGAAAAUGGAAGGCGAUUGUGACCAGCGGGAAGGGCGAACUUCGUGUCAUCACCAGCCCUGUUUGUGCUGCAGGGAAAAUGCUUUCAAAUUUGUGAUUGCAGGAUUUACUUUGCUUUCUGGUAUGUGCAUAGUGCUGAGCACCCAAUGUGUUCGGCCAACCCAUCAGCACCUUGGACAAAAUGUCAGUCAUCCUCACUUAGAAAGGCACCUUGACACACAGGCCAUGGCCCAGCACAGGGUUAGGAGGCACACAAAAAUUGGGACUGAUUGGCCCUGGUCCCAGGCUUACAUAAAACAUACAGGAAUUAUGGGAUUAAAUUCUAACAAAGGCUUAAAUUUGUCAACAGUGGUUAUGCAUGGGGAAGAGGUGUACUUGGAAAAUGAGUGGGGCUGGGAUAGCACAAACAGACUUCCACAGUUGCUGGGGAAGGGGGGACAGCAAAUAAAGGUGGGGUGCAGGGUAAUUAAUGGAUCCACUCACCAGAAAGUAACUCAAAUCUCUGUCACUGAAAUAAAAACUAAGAAGAAUCAGAAAAAAAUCUGUGCUGUGGAGAAAUUGGACUGCUGGUACAAUUUUACUUUGGUUCAGCCAGUCCUUGUGGUUUGCCUCUGGGCACAAAACAGCGUGGGACUGUCUUUUAAAUUUAAGAUCAGCACCACAGCACCCUCCUUUGCUGCCAUUAAGAUCUCAAAGUGCCAUUUUUUGGCCUGGCACGCAGCCCCUUAUGCUGAAAUUGGCAACCUGGUAAAACUGGAAAUUAAAUACUCCCAAGAAAGUGUAGCUGACCCAAUGCAAAUUAACGGCACCGCUGUGACAGUCACAGCCCCUAACGGCCACAAGUGGAUCAUUCCAUUGACCUGCCUCUGUGAGAGCAAAACACUUGAUAGGUCUGAAUUAGAUACGCAGGCUUCAUGGUAUAAUCAGGAUUAUGGACGCUGCCCACACCUGAUCAUAAACCUCCAGGUGUGGUGUCAAGGAAACCUGAGCGUAGAAAUGUCCCCCGAACUUGGAGGAAAGUGGUGGAUAGGAGGCCCCGAAGGAUUUAAAAAAGAAUUUGCCAUCACUGCUGUCUUGCCCCCUUUUGUUUCCAAAAUAGGUCCUUAUGUAGUGAAGAAAAAUCACAUCCAGGAGCUGUUGACAGGGCCUGUCCGGUCACUAAAGAAGGUGGUGUUGUCUCUGUCCACUGUUAAUAUUUCCUCUGUCAGACCAUACUGUGCCCCCUUCCUGUCUACUCUGCACACUGGCUGGCUGGCAUGGCUCCACAGCCGCUCCCUCCAGGGCCCCCGGGCCAGGAGAGACCUGCUGGCCACAGCGCUGGGAGGAGGAGGAGCCGGCCUGGGAGUCCUCAACAGCAUGAAUGCUGAAGUCUUGGCAAACAAGCUGGAGACUGUCACCUCGGGUGUGCAGGGCCUCCUCAAGCCCCUGAAUUCAUCCCUGUCCAGCCUUGGGAUGGGGCAGUGGCUUGUGUCAGAGGUGCUGCCCAGCUGGGAACAAAUAAGUGAGAAAGACCAUCAGGUGCUGUUGCGAGCCCUGGGCAUCGAACAAAGCAACGUCUCUCUUGCUCUUAGCUGCAUCCAGGCCCAGAUGUGGGUGCAGAGUGUUGUUGCAGGUAUCCUGAGGGACGGUGAGAACGGCGUCCUGCCCACUGAGAUCCGAAAGAUCGUGUGGGACGCGGCCACAGAGAAGGAGCGGCAGCUCCAGGCCUGGUGGAGGCUGGUCAACUUCACCCACGACCAGGCCCUCAACGCGGUCGUUGCCCACGUCCUCACUGUGGCGGAGGCUCGCAUUGAAAAGGUCUACCCCAUCGUGGCCCUGGGGGUCAACACAAACGGGUCUGUGGUCUACCCCCUGGACCACCGCAUGUGGGCCAGGGUGUCCGAUGGGAAGUGGCAGACGGUAGACUUGGAAGCCUGCAUUUUGGAGCGGGGGCUGGGAUUCAUAUGCGAAGAUGAUGCCCUUAAGGCGAGCGAUGUUUGCUUUGACACCAAAGAAGGGGUGUGCCACUUUGAGAUCAACCCCCAGAGCAGUAACAAAACCAUGUUAGUGUACGUAGGGAAAGGCUGCGUGUGCUUCAGAACGACGUGUAAAUACGUGCAAAUUAAUGAAGCUUAUAACCAGACCAUGUUUAGCGACUCGAAUAUGUGUGCUUGCAAUGUAGCUACUAUUAGAGGCUGUGAUUUUGUGUAUAAACCGCCUGUGUUUACUAGCCAGUUGCUAAUCAGAAACUAUACCUUGUAUCGUAGUAUAACCCCGACCCCCAUCGGUAUGGAUUUAUCGCUUGUAAAAGAAAUGUUAGAGCAUGCAGACUUGCAGCAGCUGCUAGAAAAUGCCAAGGCCGAAGCUAAAAAGAUCCUAAUAACGGUUCACCACGAUGGCAAAGUUAUAAAACAGGUAAUGGAACGAAUUAAGAGGGUGGGAGAACACCACUGGUGGGAAGUUUUUUUCGGCUGGUCCCCCACGGCCACUGGCAUUUUCAACACGCUGCUGCACCCCAUUGUAGUUAUACUGCUAAUGCAAAUCUGUAUGUGCUUUGCCAUGGCAGCCACUUGUUACCGCAUGAGGCAGGUGAAGCUCUUCUUUGACAACCAGGUGAAAGAAGUGGGGCAGGCCAGGAGCCUCCUGAAAUAGUCAAGGGCAAGACUGGGUUGGCCUCUGUGUUUGCCACCAAGAAGAUCUUUUGGCUCCGCUGUUGGCUGCAACCCAGUAGGCGUUGAGCGGUGGGGACACAUGCCAUGCCAGACCUUGAUGAGAGGGGUGGUCUUCUCUGUCACCAGAGGGCCAUCCAGGAGGGGAGGACAGGCCAAGCAGCCUGCAGAUGCCAUGAGUCACAGAAUGGUUGAGGUUGGAAGGGACCUCUUGAGAGGUUUCAUUUUGUCUGAACCCACCUGCUCAAGCAGGGUCAUCUAGAGCAGAUUGCUCAGGACUGUGUUCAGCUGGGCUUUGACCGUCUCCACAGAUGGAGACUCCACAACAUCUCUGGGCAUAUCUAUUUCAUUGUUUGAUCACCUUCAUAGUCAAGAAGCAAAAGUUAGUAUAAGUAACUUGUUUUUGAACUUCCUAUCCCAAAUACUAAUGUUAGAAGCUGCUCUUGUGUGAUUUAAGAGUCCCUAAUCCAGGGAGAUGGGGGUAAGGAAAGCCAAGGACACUAUCUUUGGAAGGAAAGAGGAGGAAAUGUAAUACCUGAACUUGGAAAAGCACCCACUGAAGACAGCAGGGGUGUGAAAAGCCUCAAAGACUUGGAAAGAUGGUAGAAGAUGAGCAGAACAGAAGACCCUGUAAUCCCCACGGACUUUAGGGAGCUGAAUCCACAUGGACCUUUGCAGCACCACCUCCAGGCUCCCAAGACUCCCAGCACGUCUGGCCAGCGGAUUGGUGAGAUCUUGUUUCUGGAGCCUGGACAUCGCUGUUUUGCUUUGCUUUUCCUAGUUGUGCAUGUACUCAAUAAAUCUGCCUGUUAGAGAA